AAACUGCCUUGGUCUAGUCCAGUUUCGAUUCACUUCAUCCUUCAACAUUGAAUCGCCAUUUUCAGCCGGAAGCAGACCGUGCUGGUCUACCGACCCACGCGCACAGAAUACGAGACACAUGUUUAUUAUUAUUAUUAUUGGUGGAACACAUGUUUAUUUUUUAAUAUUUAUUUAUUUUACCAUUACGGCUUGCUAGCUAGUUGCUGCCCUGGAUCUACUCCUCGGGAGGCAGGAUGUGUAAAUUAAUGGAAGUGCUCGAGCGAGACAACGCGAGGAUGGACAUUCAACUACACAAAGUCCUCCGAAUGAAUGGCGGAGACGGACACAAUAGCUACGCCAAUAACUCCCCGCUUCAGAACAAAGUGAUUUUAAGGGUAAAACCCAUUUUACAAGAAAGCAUUGCGGAUCUAUACAGCAAGAAUUUCCCAGACUGCAUAACAAUGGCGGACAUGGGUUGCUCUUCAGGUCCCAACACUUUCCUCCCAAUAUGGCAGGUCAUAGAGGCUCUUGAUGAAACUUGCCGUAGAUUGAAUCGAAAGCCCCCCAUAUUGCAGGUGUUCUUGAAUGAUCUUCCAGAGAAUGAUUUCAACUUCAUCUUCAAGACAUUGCCUAGUUUCCAUAAGAAACUUGAGGAAGAAAAAGGCAGCAACUUUGGGCCUUGUUUCAUAGCUGCUAUGCCUGGAAAUUUUUAUGAAAGGCUCUUUCCUCCGCAUUCCCUUCACUUUGUUUACUCUUCCUACAGUCUCCAGUGGUGCUCUGAGGUACCAAAAAUUCCAGUAAACAAAGGUAACAUUUACCUGGCAAAGACAAGUCCUCCUAGCGUUCACAGGGCAUACCUGAAUCAAUUUGAGAAAGACAUGAAAGCAUUUUUGAGUUGUCGCUCUGAAGAAAUCAUACAAGGAGGCCAUAUGUUUAUCACAAUUUAUGGAAGAGAUGACAAUUAUGAUGAUUCUUCCCACAAAUACACGCCUAAUAUGUGGGAGUUACUGGGGAUUACACUAAAUGACAUGGUCUCCGAGGGUUUAAUUGAAGAAUCAAAACUGGACUCCUUCAACAUUCCAGUCUAUGGACCAUCUGCUGAAGAAUUGAAAAAUUUGAUUGAAGCACAAGGAUCAUUUACCAUCAAUAGACUUGAAACGUUCAAAGUAGGCUGGGUUGAAGCCAUGGAUAAUCCUUACAAGGACUCAAUGGAUAAGUAUAAGAGAGGCAAGCAUAUAGCAAGUCGAAUAAGAGGUAUCUCAGAGUCUCUUCUAGCAUUUCAUUUUGGAUGUGAGUUUAUUGAUAAUAUAUUUCAAAGGUUUUCCAUAAAGAUAGAAGAACAAUUGGAAUUAACAAUGGAUGGUGGUAACACCAAUCAUGUCGUUUCAAUGACCAAGAAAUGAAUACUUAUAAAGCUCAUUAGUAUUCCUUCGA